CUAUCUUGAAGGUGCUUUUCUGUGUAACUUGCUUUGCUGCACGUUUACAAAUUAUUUUUUCUUGGUGAAAUUACUAAGAUGUUCUCUUUUCUGUUUGCAAUUCUUGUCCUGAAGCUUUCUUUUCCUUUGUGCAGUCCAAUUGACAACCGUUGUUUUUGGAGAUUAAAAACCAAGACAUUUUGGGAAGGAGACAAAGAAAUUGAUUGCUUUUUUUUUAUUUAUACAAGGUUUGGUCAUGUAAAGAAUGAACAGUUCAGUGGGAAUCUAGACAAGCGGUUGACAUCUAAGACUAUCCACUUGAUUUUGACUCUUUAUUUUGCCCUUGAAGAAAUAAACAGGAACCCCCAUAUUCUACCUAACAUUUCACUGCUAGUUAAAAUUGAAUGUGGGCUGCUAGAUGAUUGGACAAUAAACAGUUUAUCUUCUAAAAGAGAAAAAUAUCUUCCUAACUACUACUGUAUAAAUCAGAGAAGAUAUUUAAUUGUACUUACAGGACCAAUGUGGUUAGCAUCUGUCAUAGUUGGGCCACUCCUAUACAUAACUAAGAGGCCAGAGAUGGAUCAACUCAACUCUUCUGGCUCAAAUUCUUCCCUAAAGUCACUAAUUGGAUAUGGCUUUACUCAGCUUCUCAUUGAUUUGCUUUGCUUGAACAAUCACUGCCCAUUUGUUUUAGUCUUCUGUCUCCUUUAUAUUCUGGCUACAACUGCCUCUACUGAUGCACAUUGAACUGCAUGAACUCACAAAUUAACUCAACACCAUUGCACUGCAUUCUUUGCACUGAGUCUCAAAAGUCUGGUUUAACUCUUCUGCAUUGAACUCAACUGACUAAUUAGAACUCAGAAAUCUGCAUCCCUCUGUCUCCUGAGUACUUUGAUUAAAGGUGUGUACUAUCACACCUGCACCUAAACUUUUCUAUACUAAAAAUUUGCUUUAUACUAGGCUGACCUUGAACUAAGUGAUCUGCUUGCCUCUGUCUCCUGCCUUCCAAGGAAUGCCUAUUUCCCAGCAGGAUAUUUUUUGCCUACAAGUCUUCAGAUGUGAUCCAUUAAGUAUAGUCAUGUUGCUGGAUUAAAAUUCCUCUACAGAUUUAAUUUUCUGAUCCUGAGGCUAGUGAAACUUUACUAUGGGCCAUUUCACCCUCUCUUGAGCAACCAAGAACUGUAUCCAUAUCUUUACCAAAUGGCUCCUAAGGACACAUCUCUGGCACUGGCCAUGGUUUCUUUGUUUGUCCAUUUCAGCUGGAACUGGGUAGGAGCUGUUGUUUCAGAUGAUGACCCAGGUUAUGAAUUUAUCUUGGAAUUGAGAAGAGAAAUGCAAAGGAACAAUUUUUGUUUAGCAUUUGUGAGUAUCAUUGUUAGUGAUGACAAUUUAUUUCUGAAAAGGUAUAAUAUCUAUUACAACCAGAUCAAGAUGUCAUCAGCAAAAGUUGUUAUCAUUUAUGGAGACAAAGACUCUCCUCUACAGGUGAACUUUAGACUAUGGAAUUUAUUUGAUAUCCAAAGAAUCUGGGUCACUACCUCACAGUGGGAUAUGAUCAUAAAUAAUGGAAAAUUCCUCCUUAAUUCCUUCUAUGGGACUCUCAGUUUUUCACAUCACUAUUCUGAAUUAUCUGGUUUUAAAACAUUUAUCCAGACAGCAUACCCUUCAAACUACAGUGAUGACUUUUCUCUUGGUAUAUUAUGGUGGGUGUAUUUUAAUUGUUCUUUGUCAUUAUCUGAAUGUAAGAAUCUGCAAAAUUGUCCAAAGGAAAACAUAUUUAGAUGGUUAUACAGGCACCAUUUUGAAAUGUCUUUGAGUGAUACUACUUAUGACCUAUAUAAUUCUAUGUAUGCUGUGGCUUACACACUCCAACAGAUGCUUCUGAAACAAGCAGAUACAUGGCAAAUAGAUGAUGGAAAAGAACCAGAAUUUGACUCUUGGCAGAUGCUCUCUUUCCUGAGAAAUAUCCAAUUUAUAAACCCUGUUGGUGACAAAGUGAACCUGAAUCAUGAAGAAAAACUGGAUACAAAGUAUGAGAUUCACCAGACUUUGACUUUUUUGCCAAAUCCUGUAUUUAAGCUGAAAAUAGGAACAUUUUCCCAAAAUCUAUCACAUGGUCGACAAUUAUAUAUGUUGAAAGAAAUGAUAGAGUGGAACACAGGCCACCAACAGUCUCCAACCUCAGUUUGCAGUAUUCCUUGUAGUCCAGGAUUCAGAAAAUCCCCUCAGCUGGGAAAGCCUGUUUGCUGUUUUGAUUGUACACCCUGCCCAGAAAAUGAAAUUUCCAACAUGACAAACAUGAAUCAAUGUAUCAAGUGUCUAGAUGAUCAGUAUGCCAAUCCUGGAGGAACUCACUGCCUCAAAAAAGUUAUUGUAUUCCUGGGUUAUGAAGAUCCAUUGGGAAUGUCUCUGGCUAUCUUGGCUCUGUGCUUCUCUGCUCUCACAGCUUUUGUACUUAGUAUCUUUUUGAAGCACCAAGAAACACCCACUGUCAAGGCCAAUAAUAGAACUCUCAGCUAUGUUCUACUCAUCUCCCUCAUCUCUUGUUUUCUCUGUUCCUUGCUCUUCAUUGGUCAUCCCAGCUUUACCACAUGUAUCAUGCAGCAGACCACAUUUGCUGUUGUGUUCACUGUAGCUGCAUCUACUGUCUUGGCCAAAACAAUUAUUGUAAUAUUGGCCUUCAAGGUUACUAAUACAAGUAGAAAAAUGAGGUGGCUGCUGGUAUCAGGGGCACCUAAAUUCAUCAUUCCAAUUUGCACAAUGAUUCAACUGAUUCUCUGUGUAAUUUGGCUGGGUACUUCUCCUCCAUUUGUUGAUGCUGAUGGACAUGUUGAAAAAGGCCACAUUUUGAUUUUCUGUAACAAAGGUUCAAUUCUUGCUUUCUAUUGUGUCCUGGGAUACUUAGUCUCCAUUGCCAUUGCAAGUUUCACCCUUGCAUUCUUCGCCAGAAAUCUGCCCGACACAUUCAAUGAAGCCAAGUUCCUAACAUUCAGUAUGCUAGUAUUUUGCAGUGUCUGGGUCACCUUUCUCCCUGUCUAUCAUAGCACCAAGGGCAAGUCUAUGGUGGCUGUGGAAGUUUUCUGUAUAUUGGCCUCUAGUGCAGGGCUGCUUUUUUGCAUCUUUGCACCAAAGUGCUUCAUUAUUUUGUUAAGACCUGAGAAAAAAUCUUUUCAGAAGUUUCAGAAUAUACAUUCUAAAAUUUAAAACAUUCAUUAAAUUUUUCUGACACACUUGCUAGACCAAACUUAUUCAGAAGACUCCACUGACACUACUAGUUGAAAUCAAAUUUUAGAUCCAAACAUGGAAUUUGUUCCCAAUAAAGAAAGGAAGCACUAUGUAUUAGAAUUUAAAAACACGUCUUAAAUCUUGGUUCUCAUAAAUCAAACUGUAUGAUCAGUCAUUUCAAUAACUGUUUGCUGUACUUAUUAAUUUUAUGCUUAUACUUGAAGAAUGUAAAGACUGGGAAUUGGUUCUGAGUUUUAUGAAUUAAUUUCUAAUUUUACUUUCCUUGGGAAAAAAUGUCUAGUGUGUGUUGUUGUGCUCUAUAAUAAAUAAUUAUGAGAUAAAUGCA